AUGGGUGCAACAAAGAAGCAAUGGACUAGAGAGGAGGUUGCAGUCCGCAUUCUUGCAGGAGAAACACUGGUUGUCUACAACAACAAGUUGCUGCGCAUCCCCCAAUCUUGGCUAAACGCGCAUCCGGGUGGUUCCCUCGCAAUUCUUCAUUUCGUAGGACGCGAUGCCGCUGACGAGAUAGACGCGUAUCACUGUGACCAGACUCUUGCUAAAAUAGAGUCCUAUGUCAUUGGUACGGUCGAAACUUCGAGUGGUAUUUGGGAACCUCUCGUACCCCCAAUCAUGACUGGUUGGGUCCGAAAAUUGUCUUGCGAUGGCAAAACCGCAUGGCAUCAUGAAGCCACUACACUACCACCCUCAAAUCUCUCCUCCGAGAUUCUCCUGGUCGAACGUGACUCUUGCCUCCUUGAGACUCAAGGUCCCUCUCUCUCUCAUUUGGUUCCCCCUCCAACAACACUUUCCUUGAAAGACCAAGCUAGGCAUUCGACUGCUUACAAGGCGUUGCAUAAUCGUAUCAUCGACGCUGGUCUAUAUAAAACGCGUUACAUCACCGGUUAUGGCCCAGAGGUUGCACGUUAUCUCCUGCUCGCUGCGUCAUCUGCAGUGGCGUACUCCUAUGACUGGCUCAUAAUAAGUGCCAUGUGCCUCGGCCUUCUAUGGCACCAGCUCGUGUUCACCGUCCACGAUUUAGGGCACAUGGGUGUCACUCAUGAUUGGACCAAAGAUCGCCUCAUUGCCAUCAUACUAGCUGAUUUCAUCGGUGGUUUGAGUGUCGGCUGGUGGGUUGACAAUCAUAACGUGCAUCAUCGUGAGGCUUCUAUUUGUACACAUACCUUGGUCCAACCACUGACGCUUGCUCAGUGCGAUCCUGAUAUCGGGCAUCUGCCAUUCCUCGCAAUCUCAACGGCGUUUUUCAACUCGUUAUGGUCGUCGUACUACAAGCGAACCAUGGUCUUCAAUCGAGUUUCCGCUUUCCUGAUCUCCUUUCAACAUAAGCUCUUCUAUAUAUUGCUUGGUUUCGGGCGCUUCAAUCUAUAUGCCAAUGCAUAUGGAUUCUUGUGGCGCAAAGCCUUCGAUCAUCGAAGAGCAAAGGGUGGCCGGUGGUCUUGGUGGCUCGAAGUCAUCGGUGUCCUUUUCUUCUGGUGCUGGUUCGGAUUGGUCCUGAAGGGAUGUGGAUCAUGGAGCAGAGCCAUCACAUAUCUUUUGGUCUCGCAUGUCACCACAAGUCCUCUGCAUGUCCAGAUCGUUCUAUCACAUUUCUCCAUGUCUACGGAGGAUUUGGGGCCGGUGGAAUCGUUCCCACACCGCCAGCUUCGAACCACAACAGACGUCAUAUGUCCCCCUCACCUUUCAUUUAUGCAUGGCGGAUUGCAUCUCCAGGUGACGCACCACCUCUUCCCGCGCCUCCCACGACACAACUUGCGUGAGGCCAGCGUCCUGGUAAAGGAAUUUGCCAAAGAACAAGGCCUUGUGUAUGCCGAAUUUGGGUUUAUUAGCGGAAACGGAGAAGUGCUGGACGUGCUUAAAGGUGUGGCGGAUCAAGCAAGGAUCGUGGGCAUGGUCGCCGAUCGUGAGAUUCGAGAGGCGAUGGAAAAGAAGGCGCAGUAA